AUGAGAGCGCGGUUUGAUUUUGAAUCCGGGAGCUCUCGGGAUCUCCACUACACUCCAGGAGCAGAGGAAGAUCUUGAGGACAUCAACUUUAUGUCUGAAGACCUGUACUCUCAGAAUUCAAGACGUCAUAGAGAUCGGCAUCCUUCCUCUUAUGAGGGCCACAUAGAAAAUCCUCAGGGCUCUCGAGAAAAGAAGUGUGCCAAAUCUAAGACUGGAGGAUGGGUCUCAGAGGCAAUGCUCUCUCCAGUAGAGGAGCCAAGUGAUGAAUAUGUGGACCCUAUGGACGAGCUUCAGUGUCUGGUAGAUACAGUGUCUGAAUACCUUGCUGAAAAAGAAGAGGAGAUUAGCAAUCCAGUGGAAAGUAGUCGCUUUGGGUCUUCGGGGAACUUGAGCCAGACCAGCUCCCAGCUUAGUGAGACUGGCCAUGACAGCACUGGAGGGUCAGAGCUGGAGGAGUCCUUCCACUCCUUCCAUAGUACUGGUUUACACCCGUCGACUAAGGGACAGCCAUGCACAAAUGGACACCCUACCACCAAUGGACACUCUACUGUCACUGAGCAGGAGCUGAAGAGGCUGCCCCCUGAUGUAGAACAGGUUCUGAAAAAUGACCCUCCUGCGGAGAGAGGAUCAUUGAAACUCCAAAGAUUCCAUGAUGGAGGGCCUCCACUGCCUUUUUCGCAGUCCAGAGUUCGUUGGUUGAAGGCCAUCAAUAAAGUCCGGGUUCAGCUCCGGGAGCGGUAG